GUUUAUUGGAGUUCAACAACAACCAGAGGAAGAAGAAGAAGUAAGAGCUUCACAUUCUGAUGAUGACACACCAUUCUUAUCCCUCAGUGAAAAACCCGACCGAAACAUGGGUUUACUCGACGAUUACGAGACCGAAGAACUCGAUUACGAUUCUGCUCCUAACCAUCGAAGUGGUUUUACGAUUGUAGGAGGAUUUUGGAUUCAAAGGAUAUGUGGCUUUACUUGGCAAGCCAAAUGUUGGGAAGAGUACAUUGGCAAACCAAAUGGUUGGCCAAAGGUUGUCAAUAGUUACUGAUAAACCUCAAACAACAAGGCAUCGAAUUCUCUGUAUAUGUUCUGGCUCAGAUUAUCAGAUGAUACUUUAUGAUACUCCUGGUGUUCUACGAGAGCAAAGGCACAAGUUAGACUCAAUGAUGAUGCAAAAUGUUCGCAGUGCUACAGUUAAUGCUGAUUGUGUAUUGAUUCUCGUUGAUGCAUGUAAAGCGCCUGAAAAAAUUGAUGAAGUGUUGGAAGAAGGCAUAGGUGACCUCAAAAAUAAACCCCCAACUUUAUUGAUUAUGAACAAGAAGGAUCUUAUCAAACCUGGUGAAGUUGCAAAGAAACUUGAGUGGUAUACAAAAUUUACUGAUGUUGAUGAGGUUAUACCAGUUAGUGCCAAGUAUGGUCAUGGGGUUGAAGAUGUCAAGAACUGGAUACUGUCGAAGCUUCCUAAUGGACCAGCUUAUUAUCCAAAGGACAUCGUCAGUGAGCAUCCGGAAAGAUUUUUUGUAGCUGAAAUUGUUAGAGAAAAGAUUUUUUUGCAGUAUCGAAAUGAAAUCCCCUAUGUGUGUCAGGUUAAUGUUAUAAGCUAUAAGGCUCGACCAAAUGCUAAAGAUUUUAUACAAGUGGAGAUUUUGGUUGAGAAAAACUCACAAAAAAUUAUCAUAAUUGGAAAGGAAGGAAAAGCUUUGAAACUGCUUGCAACAGCUGCUCGCCUUGACGUUGAAAAUUUUCUACAGAAGAAAGUUUAUCUUGAGAUUGAAGUAAAAGUAAAAGAAAAUUGGCGACAGGACGUAGGGUUUCUUAAGCACUCUGGUUAUGGGGGUCAAAUAGGCAUUGUAUGACAUGCGCAUGCUAGAAGAAUUCACCUGGCAUGUAUCAUGUUAUGUAUGCCCAAUAAUCAAUUUUGUAAAGCAAGUCUUGUUAAUGCUCUAUAGUGGGUUUGAUAUCACAUUUUGAAUGAUUCAAAGUGUUUCGACAGCGAGUUUAUAAAUCUUUUCACGUAUAUCUUAUCCGCUGAUACUAAACCAAUUUCAUGUAUGUUUUACUUUCUUAAACAUUUCUAUUUAAAGUUAACACUUGAAUGUCCAACAGAGAAGAGAAAACAACAAAGCUAGAAAGAGGAAGGGAUGAAACGAUGGAGUCGGCAUAGCUGCAGUUAUGAGCUCAUUUGAUAGCUAAUCAUUUGUAAACAAAUUAUUUUGAAUGACCAAAGUAAAAGGAUUUAGCCCUUACAGCAUGGUACAAUACAAUGCUAAUAUAAUGUUAUUCAUCAA